AUGGAUGCUCCGAAGAAGUUUAAGGCUGCACUGAACCGUACAUUUAGCGAUAAGGGCGGCGUCUAUUGGCAAAGCUGUAGCGAUGAGCAUUUCAGCACAUAUGUUAUGACAAUGUUGCAAGAAUUUAUUGCUACCAAAGGGACGACACGAAGAGGAACACUGAUAAUUGGCCGCCAUGUUAAUUAUCGGCUAGUUGAUGAUGAUGACGAAUUCAUUGACAACGACGAUGAAUUUGUAGAGGAGGAUGACCCUCGUAAGAAGAGGGACGAUUUUGAUUCCUCAACAUAUCUACUGAAUGAAACAACUCAGGUAAAUAUGCAGGUUAUUUGUUAUGUUUCGCGCACUGAAAUAUAUAUGAGAGCUGAACGUACGGUAAUUAGUAAUUAAUUUCAAAACUCUUACUGUACAAUACAGAUUGAUAAGAAUGGUGUGAUCCCCGAGGAACGGUGGAAAUAUAUUUGGAUGGUUCCAUAUCUUUGA